CGGGACCUUCUGUUUUGUUUGAUUGCAGCAUCGUAGCUUGAAGAUCUUGAUGGCGGCCUGGUUGGAGGUCGCUAUCACAUGGCGCGAGAAGCUUUUGAGCUGCUGGUUGUUUCGCACAGUUUCUGAAUCCAAACUAGAUGACGAUGACGAGGGCAUCUUGGAACAGCGUUGUGCACAGCUCCUACAGUUGACUCUUGAAGGUGCUCCAUUCGGCAUAUCUCUCUCUCAGCCUUGGACAGACUUCGCGCGGGAUUUGCGACGGCCUGAUCAUCCGACGCAGCGGGUGCCCUCAAAUUUGACACGCUUUGCAGGCAACUACAUUAAUCUCAUAUUAUGCAGUGCCCUUUUGCACUCAGCUACUGCUUGGCCAAUCCUUUUCAGUAUUUGCGUGGCAGCUGAGAUUGUUGCCCUUUUUGCUCCACCUGAAAUGUUUGAUGUGCAUAUCAUGCAAUUCAAAUCAGCGGGGGGAGGCUUUCGCAGCAUAGGUGGCACGUGGCUUCGCUGUCUUCUAGCAGCUUUUGCGCAGGUGGGCAGCCUUUGCAGUUGUUUCUUUUGCCACCAUGGUCAGCGUGGUUUAUUGCUUGGUACUUUGCUGGUUCUAGUGCAUGCGUUCUUCAGAGCCCGUCCUUGGACAGUCAUGGCAAAGGAAGGUCUCAAAUCGAAGCUGUCAUAAAGCAAUACAGUCGUAGCAAUAUUGGCAAGAUUAUACAAUCAAUUUGUACGUUCACCAUAUUUCCCUUUAGGGAGCUAUUGGGUUUCUUACUUCAAGUAUAGGCGCCUGUGUGCGCUUUAGAGGUGCCUGGACACGUGGGCUUUGUAGCUUGGGCGCUGGUGCCGCUGCAGGUCUUUGGAGCUUGGAAUCUAGUGCCACUGUGGGGCGCUGCUGCCAGACGCUUAUGGCAGUGUGCGCUUUGGAACCUGCACGCUGGCUCCGCUGCAGGGUUCCGCUGCUACUGCCAGGUGCCUGCUGCUGCUGAGCUUGGGCGCCGGUGCCGCCGCAGGCUGCAUAUGGUUCUGCGGAGACGGUCAACUUCAAACAGGUCAUGCUGGUUCACAGAAGGCGAGACAGACAAUUAAACCGGCA